AUGGCGUCUAGGGUUUCUCUGAAGACGAAAGGGAAGAGCAGCAGCGGCAAGGGAGCAAAAGGAAUGGAAGAGAAGUCAGCAUCACAAUACGUCAAAGAAUGGAGCACAUGGACAUUUAAAAAGGCCAAAGUUAUCACUCACUAUGGAUUCAUUCCUAUGCUGCGGUGUCUUAGUUCGUCGGAGAGAACACUUUUAACACAUUGUAAGUCUACAUUUGUUGAUUAUAACAAGUUGUUAAUGGCAAGGAUUCAUUAG